AUGCCUACACAGCAACCCAGCUUCCCCACCCCUCCCCUCCCACUCCUUCCGAGGACGCCUGUGGAUGGUCUAGCCGUCCACCUCCAUCUCCGAGCCAACGUUACCGGCGACGUCGUCGAGGUUUAUCGCGUCGACACCGUCGGCGAGGAAGACGCAGAGGAAGUGCCUCAAAUGGAUUCGAUGGUUGUUGCAGCUAAAGCUGCACCAGCCGAAACUAAGAACUGUGCGUGGGCUUGUGCACAGGCCAACCUGCAGGGCGCUGGCCCUGCAGGUGCCAACAGUUUGCUGGUCCUGCAAACUCCUCCUUUGGGCCAUCGUCGUCGCCAGAUUCCUUGGUAUAUACUUCCUCAACACAUUGCAGCAGUCGUCGGGGGAGAUGUGGGUGGAGAGAGUGGUCUCCUCGCCGCCUCAUCCUUAUACAGCCCUGAGCUUCGUGUGUUCAAGGUACCUGAACGCGGCGGAUAG